CAAUUCGUCCAUUCUCGGUCUUCUCCUUCACAAGUUUUGUUGGCUAAUCCAGUUAUGGCGGCCAUGAAGCUCGUUUCUCUCUUCCUCUUGGCCUUGGUUUUCACCUCUGGCGUCUUCGCCAAUGCUGGUGUCGCCGACGACGGGACCACCGGCUCCGACGGCGGAGAUGCGUUGGUUUCCGAAAUUCAAAUUGAUCAGCUCAACGCCAAGAUCUAUGCUCUAGAAUCCCAAAUUGAUGAGAAAACCCGAAAACUUAAGGGCAAGGAGGAGUUGAUUGCAGAGAAGGAGAAACGUCUCCAAGAAAGACAAAACAAAAUUGGUUCCUUGCAGGCUGAGGUCUCAUCGUUGCGGGAAAAGGGUUCAUCAGAUUCUGCGGAACAGCUGGGAAAGGCUCAAGCACGGGCUGUCGAACUAGAGAACCGGAUUGAGACACUCAGGAAGGAGCUAGAGAAGAAAAACAAGGAGAAAGAAUCCACAGAAGCUAGGACUAGUGAGGCUGAGAAGAAGCUAAGUGUAUUAAACUCGAGGCUGGUUGAAUUUCAGAAGACAAAGGAUGAGCAGGAAAGCAAAAUGCGAAAACUUGAGCGUGCUCUUCAGAUUGCUGAGGAAGAAAUUUUGAGGUUAAGUCAUGAGGCAACCUCGAAGGCAAAGGAACUGCAUGAGGUUCAUGGUGCGUGGCUUCCCCCGUGGCUUGCCAUGCGCUGGAUUGAUUUCCAAAUUUCUGCGGAGACACACUGGGAUGCCCAUGGGAAACCAGCCAUGGACUUAGUACUUCAAAAGGCAACGGAAGCAAAGGAUCAAGCUGGAAAAUGGGCGGAACCUCAUGUGGAAACAAUGAAAACUAAAUAUAUCCCGGCUGCGAAGGAGGGGUGGGUCACUGUUAGGACAUACAUUGAGCCGCAUGUGCAAACAAUGUCCACUAAAGCAAGAGAGGCUUAUGAAGCAUCAAAGGCUGCUCUUUCUCCACAUGUUGUCAUGGUCCAAGAAUAUAUAGAUCCCUAUUAUCAGGAGGCUAAAGUGUACGUUGAUCAAGUGGCCACAGCCACAAAACCCCAUGUCGAUAGAGUGAGAGUUGCCGCUAAACCUUACACAAAGAAGGUGACCCAUGUCUGUAAAAAGUUUCUCAAGUCUGCCUCAGCAUAUCACCAUCAGGUUCAAGGAAUGGUCGAAGAGAAAUUGAAGAAACAUGAGCUGACGGAGACUUUCGCAACCAAAGAGUUUGUUUGGUUCACGGCUUCAGCGUUAUUGGCGCUACCGAUCUAUGCUGUGUACAAACUCUCGUGCUCUCUUUUCUGCAAAAAGGGACAGAAGCCCGCAAGACAUCCUCAUCACCAUGGUCGUCGUAAGGCCAAAAGGGGUCACUCCGACAAGUGAGGCAAGAGCUAUGUAAGAGCUUUGACACGAUCACUUCCGAGGUCAUUGGGUCACCGAUUGGGAAAAGGUUACGGUCGGGGAGAGCCCAGAAGGUGCCCAAUGUUCUUUUACCUCUUCCUUUUUUAAGUAUUUCCACACACACACAAAAAGAAGGAAAGAAAGAAAGAAAGAAAGAAAGAUUUGACACGACAUAGAGGAGGAAUGUAGCAAAGGUUUCAUUGCGAUUAGGGUUUCACAGGACCGGUUCUUUCUUUCUUUUUCUCCUUGUCAGUUUUUGUUUUGAGAUAAUAUUACUUCCAUUUCUUGCAGUUUUGAUAACAUAUAACAAAGCUUUUGCAUGGGGUUUUGUUUUGUUGGAUCAAUGGUUUUCGAAUUUGGCAUCUUCUGAUACAUUGUCAAGUGGUACACUAGCUCUAUGCGUGUGUUUUUGUUAUGCGAUUGGUAUUAACGUUUUGGUUCGGACAAAAUGAUCUGAAGACUGAUGUUAGGUUAUCUGAAUGGUUUUGAGUUCGGACUUGUAAAUCUAGAAUAUUUAUGGGUCGGAUUUGGUUUUUGGUUUUGACAGAUGUUAUGUUCGGAGAUCUGAUUAACCACAAAAAUGUUGUGUAAGUCUAUGAAUUUUUUCAUAUUUUUU